AUGGCCACGACGAGCACAACAAACCCUUCACAAGUGUUGCCAAAGCCGGGAGAUCCACCAGCAAUUGCUCUUUCUGGAAAUAAUGCUCAACGGACAUUGUGGAUAGGAGACGUGCCAUUAGAUUGGACUGAGGAGAAAAUUGCCGAAAUUUUUACUGAAGCAGGUCAUCCACCAUAUAAGGUUAAACGUGUUGAACUGAAAGGAGAACGACAAGGCUAUUGUUUCAUCGAAUACACGUCAAAUCCAGAAGCUAGAAACGCGUUGUACAAUUUAAACGGAAAUCGAAUUCCUGGAGUGAAAGGGAAACAUCGUUUCAAUUUAUGUUUUUCUAAUGACAGUUAUAAUCCAAAUAGCGAAUUCAAUCUUCAUGUUUCCAAUUUACCGACUGAUUUGACAGACGCCGAACUGUACAGAAUUUUUGAUAAGUAUAUUUCCUGUCGCGGUGCAAAAAUGUUUCGAUUCGCCGAUGGAACGACAAAAGGCUGCGGUUUUGUAAGGUUUGGAGAUCAAACCGACCAGCAAAUGGCUUUGGUUGAAAUGCAUCGAACAAAAGUUCACUCAAUGCGAAUUCAACUACGGUUAGCAGGACCACGAGGAGAACGAGCAGAUCGUGCUAAUAAAUUCCAAGCGGAUGGUCGAAGAAAAGAGGAUAAUGGACGUAGUUCAUUUAGCUCGUAUGCACCUGGACAACCAGCAAUCAACUCUUAUGGAGCCCCCACGACAAACUUGAAAGAAACAAAUUUAUACUCAGCUGACAAUCCAUGGGCUCCCACACCAGAUGAUCACGAAAUUGAUCCAGUUAUUGGACUAGAUUUACUUACCGCUCGUUAUCGACCAAAUGUAACAAAUAAGCGAUACAUGAUUCAGAGUGAGCAGUUUAUGUAUGAUCUCGAAUCGAGCAGGUAUGGUAAUGCGAUCUAUUCCUUCCGUGAGAAAGAGGAAGAUCUUGUGAAGAAACUCGAUACACAUCGCUGGAAGUUGAUUAAAUAA